AUGGUAGUGGCAAGGACGGGGACGGUAGCGGCAAGGACGGAGACGGUAGCGGCAAGGACGGAGGCGGUAGCGGCAAGGACGGAGGCGGUAGCCGCAAGGACGGAGGCGGUAGCCGCAAGGACGGAGGCGGUAGCGGCAAGGACGGAGGCGGGUAGCGGCAAGGACGGAGGCGGUAGCGGCAAGGACGGAGGCGGUAGCGGCAAGGACGGAGGCGGUAGCGGCAAGGACGGAGGCGGUAGGUGCAAGGAUGGAGGCAGUAGCUGCAAGGAUGGAGACAGCAGCAACAAGGGCAAUGGAGCAGGCAACAAGAAGAGAGGUGAUAGCAUCAAGGACAGUGGAGAGAGCAAUGAGGAUACUGAUGGCACAAACAAGGACAGUGGAAGGAUCAAUGAGGACAAGGGUGACAGCAACAAGGACAUGGGAGGAAGAAACAACGUCAGCAAUGGAAAAAUUUGUGGAUGA